GAGAGAGAUAAUCAGAUGGAAACUCAGUGACGAGAAGUGCUUUGCCAAGGCUAGAAGUAGGGGAAUCUGGCAUGGAAGACCAGACUUCUGGCCCUUUUGUGGGGGUGAGCUCUUGAAGGUCCAGGUUAGACAGGGGACUGGGGGACUACUCCCUCCCAUCCAUCCCACCCACUGUGAGAAGGGUGCUGAGCCCAGGAGGAACAGGUGGGGGACAGGCAGGGUCCGGAUGUUGGGAGCAGGGACCUUGUGGUCAAGAGACCCCAGGCUUUGCUGCCCCUUGGUCAAUGUCUUCUUCUCCCUCCUCACCCUCCCAACCUACAGGAGGAUGAUUUUCCCAGGCGGCUCAGCGAGAGUAUGGAGGACCUCAGCCUGGAUUUGGGGGCCCUUCAGGGCAGUGAGUAUCUGCAGGACCUGGGCCUUGGGGCCCCUUCCCACAGCCAGCCUGGGGAGACCCCAGACAGCCGCCUCACCGGUGAAGAACUAGGAAGGGAUUCUCUUUUCUCCAGCUUGGCAGGGUCCCAAGACCUGUCAAGGCGGCGCAGCUGGGAAAGGUCACGGAGCUGCUCAGAGAGCUGGCGGAGGCUCAGCCUCGAUGCCGCAACUGUGGAUGAGGAACCCUGUCUCCCCCGAACACUGGCCAGCCUUGCUUUGAACCUGCCAGGAGGAGGGCUGAAGACCUGGACUCAAGGGUGUCUGUCUGGGGGCGGGACCCCUGCAGAGACCCCAGGCAAAGAAUGGGACAGCCCCAAGAAAAGAGUGAGGUCAAGGUCUGUUCCUGUGUCCUUCUAUGAGAUCCGCUCUCCGGAAAUCUCUCCGGUUUUGGAAGUGCCCACUCCACCUGUUCAAGGCCUGGAACCUCCAGUGCUGGAGUGCAUGGAAAAAGACCACGUGGAACCAGAUCACGUGCUAAUUGUCCAGCAGGUGCUUCAAGAACUUCGACAGUACCAUGGGGCCCGGCAGAGGGCUUGCAUGUCAGCCAGCCCCGGAGGAGCCCACUCGAACCUGACCUGGUUUGAAUUCCUGUCGGAGAGCGAGGACGGUGCUGGCAAGAAUGAGAAGAGUGACAAGAGUACCAGUGUGAAGCGCAGGCUGAGCUGCCUCCGCAGUCGAGUGACCAGGCAGAAGGAGAAGGGGAAGAGCCCAGCACAUCUAAAGGACAAGGGCCAGGAUGCACGAGAGAGGCGGGAGUGUGUCAAUGGGCACCAGCUGGUGCAAGGGACCUUCUCCAGCCCCUCCAGCUGCCCCCUGUGUGGCAAACCCUUCUUGAGCUCAGGUGCCCGCGCCCCUCUCAAGGCCGAGCCGACGCCCCCUGCCCACGGCUCGGGGAGCAGCAAACCCAGGUCCCCGGGAGCGCCCCGCCCUCAAGGGCACGCCUCCUUCCGGGUCACGCCCUCUGCCCCGCCUCCGAGGCGGGAUCGCGCAUGCGCUACUGUCUUCGCGCGGCUUCCCACUUCCGGCUCCCAGCUGCUAGCUACUGUGGAUCCGCGUAGGCUGGGCGGAGGCGUCGGAGGCGGCUGCGAGAGUGGCAGAGGAGCUGGCGGAGAGCGGCCUGCGGGCGAUCGGUCCGAGAGCGCCCUCCUGAGCGCCACACCCCUGUGCCAGCGGCUGCCUGCUGCCGAGCUCACCACUCUGCCCCCCAACUCAUGGCCGCUGCACUGCCCCUCUCUGCCACUCUCCACCCUCCCUGAAGGUCCAGGUCCCCCUGCGUCCACCAGCAACCCCUUCCAGUGUGCCCUGCUCCCCACACUGCAGCCAUCGUUUCUAGAAGCAGAGCUCAUCCACUCCUCCACAUAA